AUAUAACCCGGCCAUACCUGAGUUCAAGCAUCAUUCACUGUUUAGUCACAACAGAGAGAUAAUCAAAAUGUUCUCAAAAUUAGUAGCCCUGUGCGCUCUGGUGGCGGUGUCCCAGGCAGGCCUCCUGCCCGCGCCCGCGCACUACUCCUCCGCCGCCGCCGUCUCCUCGCAGAGCAUCGUGCGCCACGACCAACCGCAGCCCGCCAAACUCGUGGCUGCCGCGCCCAUCUACCACGCUGCUCCUGCCCCAGUCGCCUACCAUGCCGCACCCGCCGCCGUCACCUACCACGCUGCUCCCGCCCCAGUCGCCUACCACGCCGCUCCCGUCGCCAAGAUCUUGGCUCAACCCGAGGAAGUCGCGUACCCCAAGUACGAGUACAACUACUCCGUGGCUGACGGACACACUGGCGACAACAAGUCCCAGCAGGAGGUGCGCGACGGAGACGUGGUGAAGGGCUCGUACUCGUUCCACGAGGCCGACGGCUCCAUCAGGACCGUGGAGUACACCGCCGACGACCACAGCGGCUUCAACGCGGUGGUGCACAACACCGCGCCCACCGCCGCGCCCGUCGCCGUCAAGGCCGCGCCCGUGCUGCUCAAGGCUGCCUACGCCGCGCCCGCUCUCCAAUACUACCACCACUAUCAACAAUCAUCUAAUCAGUACGUGGGGUGUAUCGAUAGAGAUUUAGUGGUGGUAGUAUUGGAGAGCGGGCGCGGCGUAGGCAGCCUUGAGCAGCACGGGCGCGGCCUUGACGGCGACGGGCGCGGCGGUGGGCGCGCUGUUGUGCACCACCGCGUUGAAGCCGCUGUGGUCGUCGGCGGUGUACUCCACGGUCCUGAUGGAGCCGUCGGCCUCGUGGAACGAGUACGAGCCCUUCACCACGUCUCCGUCGCGCACCUCCUGCUGGGACUUGUUGUCGCCAGUGUGUCCGUCAGCCACGGAGUAGUUGUACUCGUACUUGGGAGACUAUUCAAUUUGGUAUGUCAAACUUACGACUUCCUCGGGUUGAGCCAAGAUCUUGGCGACGGGAGCGGCGUGGUAGGCUACUGGGGCGGGAGCAGCGUGGUAGGUGACGGCGGCUGGUGCGGCAUGGUAGGCGAUUGGGGCGGGAGCAGCGUGGUAGGUGACGGCUGCGGGGGCGGCAUUGUAAGAGACUGGGGCAGGCGCGGCGUGGUAGAUGGGCGCGGCAGCCACGAGUUUGGCAGGCUGCGGCUGGUCGUGGCGCACGAUGCUCUGCGAGGAGACGGCGGCGGCGGAGGAGUAGUGCGCGGGCGCGGUGUAGUAUAUAACCUGGUCCUUACUCAAGACAGAUAUCAUUCAGUGUUUGAUCAUUUCAAAAAAAAUAUCAAAAUGUUCUCCAAGUUGGUAGCCCUGUGCGCUCUGGUGGCGGUGUCCCAGGCAGGCCUCCUGCCCGCGCCCGCGCACUACUCCUCCGCCGCCGCCGUCUCCUCGCAGAGCAUCGUGCGCCACGACCAGCCGCAGCCUGCCAAACUCGUGGCUGCUGCGCCCGUCUACCAUGUCGCUCCUGCACCAGUCGCCUACCAUGCCGCACCCGCCGCCGUCACCUACCACGCUGCUCCCGCCCCAGUUGCCUACCACGCCGCUCCCGUCGCCAAAAUCUUGGCUCAACCCGAGGAAGUCGCGUACCCCAAGUACGAGUACAACUACUCCGUGGCUGACGGACACACUGGCGACAACAAGUCCCAGCAGGAGGUGCGCGACGGAGACGUGGUGAAGGGCUCGUACUCGUUCCACGAGGCCGACGGCUCCAUCAGGACCGUGGAGUACACCGCCGACGACCACAGCGGCUUCAACGCGGUGGUGCACAACACCGCGCCCACCGCCGCGCCCGUCGCCGUCAAGGCCGCGCCCGUGCUGCUCAAAGCUGCCUACGCCGCGCCCGCCCUCCAAUACUACCACUAGAGCUACAACACCAAAGUUUAGAAUUGCUUAAAACAUAAAAUAAAUAAUAGUAAUUUAUUCCAUUAUACGAAUUCAAUUAA